AUUUGAUCCGAAGAGGUUUUACCACAAGCACGUUAAUUGCUUCAAGGCCGUGCUGGGAGGCUCAGCAAGGGCCUUUUUGUUGGCAAUAAGAAAUCAGUAUGGUUGAAUUGCUUUUCGGUCUGACGACCUUUUAAUUCCGUUCAAUGAGGUUCGGUUGAAACUCCCAAUCACAGAAAGUUGGGUUACGACAGGAUUAAAUUGGUCCGUCUUUGUUGUGAGCCCUCUUAAUCCGGAGCACUGACAAUGUGGGUUAUUUAAAACGAAAGAACGCUAUUCAGACCUUCGAACCGGAUUGCCGCAACUAGUUUGGCAUUUUAUGUGAGUAAAUGCAUUCAGUAUGCCACUCCUCUCUCGGUUAUAACAGCAUGAAUUUCUGAUCCCUCUUCGAGCUAAAACGUAUUUGAUGUUCAAGAUUGCGAGACAACGCACUGAUUCUGUUUCUACCAGUUCUUUGACCAGUCAUUACGGAGGAGGCUGUGUUUUUCUUUUUGGACUUGCCCGGUAGAUGACACUGCAAUCGACAAUGAGUUCUACCUUGAUCAUUGUAAUCUCAUAUUGUGGAGCUGUGAUAUCAGGCCUGGCUGUGUUGGAGAAUCUACUGGUGAUGGUGGUGUUAGCCAAAACCAGCCAUCUCCGCAUCAAGUACUUCGCCUUCAUCUUCAAUCUCGCCCUGGCCGACCUGGCGUUUGCUGCGAUGCUAAUUGCCUAUGCCCUAAUACGGGCACGAGUUCUUCUUGCCCUUCUCCAGUCGAGUUUCUUUGUUUCCGUGCUGACGAUUUUAGCAGUGGCUGUGAACCGCUACCUGGCACUGACUAUCACGCCGUUCUUUCGCUAUGACGCGUUAGUGACGCGAUGCCGCCUGGUAGUGGUUUGCCUUCUCCUUUGGUGUUUCUCCCUCGCACUUCACUUGCCGGUAAUCUUGGUGGCAUCUAACGAGGUUCGCUUGAUUCUAUCAGCGUGGUUUAGAUCUCCGUUUGUACUCGCUGUGUGGAUCGUGACCGCUGUGCUGUACCGCUUCGUCUUCAGUAAGAUCAAGAGCUACGUUCCCCCGCUUGCAUCAAGCCGAGGUGUCUUCAUCCCAAAUGACUCAGAACAGACCGCUACUCGUGUUCGUCAGACCCGUCGCCUGUUGGUCACUUUGUCCAUCAUUCUUGUGACAUCAUUCAUUUGUUGGAUCCCUUUCAACGUCGGCCAGAUAAUGGAGUAUUUCAUCAAAACUGGUCAGAGCACAAUCUCCGACGAUACCUUCAAUAACUACAACACGUUUGCCGCUUUUAUUUAUUGUCUGUCUCCAGCUAUCAACCCGCUAAUCUACUGGUGGCGUUUGGAUGAUUUCAGGCAGGGCUUCAAAGCACUGUUCUGUCGCCGUCUGCUUCAGAAUCAAGAAUUUGGAGAAAAGGUUGAUUACGAAGACCAGCAAAGUACCGAGACCAUUAUGUAAAGAAACAGUGACAAAAACAAAACAGUUUGUUGAGUGUUGACUCACAAUUUGACGAUUAUUUCUCAUGAUUUCCAUUUAAUGUUUCAAUUCUCUCACCAUUUGUUUUCCUACGUCGUUCUGGUAGAGUUCGUAGGCUUGUACUUAUGCUUCGUGUUUGCGCACAUAUUACUAACAAAAUCAGCUAAAAUACAUCACAGACAAUGAUUUUACCCGCACGAGGAAUCGACCUAUCCACUCACAUUAUGUUCUUGUGGUUUUUGUUUGUUGUUUUAACGAAGCUUCUUCUUCGGGAAUUCCUCCUCUAUUGCAAAAAGACGAAGUCAAAACUGCGACAAUAUCAAAACAUAAGUUUUAAUUCACCUGAAAACAGAAUCAUGUCUUGUUUUCAAUUGUGUAAGGAACUUAAAUACGCCUGUGGUGUAUGCAUGCUGAGAUAAAUUAACAUAUCAAGAAUAACUCAAUUAAAAAUAAAAGUUAUUACUAUGGGAGUAGAAUACGUUAGGGAAAAUUACAUUUUGCUUUCAAGAAAAAAAACGAUACUUGUAAAUAGUGUAGUCCGUAAAGGAGAACCGCAGAUCCUUCGUUGUCGUCGAGAGUUCUUUCGUUGAAAACGGUUCUCAUGUUUGAGUUUGUGUGGCUUAGUCUAUAGGAAAGCGUUAUAUUAUAGGGAAAAAGGGAAAGACUAUACCUUGUGCUCGAGAGUCAUGUAAAACAAGACUGUGUGUACGUGAUGGUGAUGUGAAUAAAACAUCGUAUCUGUUUGUUUAAUAUU